CACCGUUAUGACCAUCAAACGUAAUUUUAUUACGUUGGUCUUGUGUUUCAUUCUUUAUCAAGCAGAAGCUGGUGAUAAGGAAAUAUGGCCAAUACCGACCGAGUGCCCUAAAACCGAUCCACUGGAUUACACUGUUCAUCUCCAGCACGAAUCAGAUUGUACGAAAUUUUAUAAAUGUGAUCAUGGGGGAAAAGUUCUCUUUGAUUGUCCUGCUGAGUUACAUUUUAAUCCGGUUUUGCAAGUGUGUGAUUGGCCAUGGAGGGCCAAUUGCACACUAAAUGACAAAACCACAACAACUACACCAAAACCAACUCCGACACCGGAACCAACGCCACCAGCAGACAGAGAUCCAGAGUGUCCAUGGCCAGAUCCAAUGGAUCACACUGUUCAUCUACCACACGAAACGGAUUGUACGAAAUUCUACAAAUGCGACAAUGGCAAGAAAGUAGAAUUCGAUUGCCGAGAUGGGCUUCAUUUCAACAAAGAAUUGCAAGUUUGUGAUUGGCCGCAAAACGCUGGUUGUCAGGAUAAUAAACCAUCACCUACUCCAGAACCCGAAACUCCCAAACCAACUCCCUCAGAAACUCCAGAGCCCGAAACUCCAAAACCAACUCCACCCGAAGACAGAGAUCCAGAAUGUCCUUGGCCAGAUCCUUUGGAUCAUACUGUUCAUCUACCACACGAAACGGAUUGUACGAAGUUUUAUAAAUGCGACCACGGAAAGAAAGUUGAAUUCGAUUGUCCUGAUGGGCUACAUUUCAAUAAGGAAUUGCAAGUUUGUGAUUGGCCGCAAGACGCUGGUUGUGAAAGUAAUAAACCAUCUUCUACUCCAAAACCAACUACAGAACCAACUCCCUCAGAAACUCCAGAGCCCGAAACUCCAAAACCAACUCCACCAGAAGACAGAGAUCCAGAGUGUCCUUGGCCAGAUCCUUUGGAUCAUACAGUCCAUCUACCACAUGAAACAGACUGUACGAAAUUCUAUAAAUGCGAUCAUGGAAAGAAAGUAGAAUUUGAUUGUCCAGCUGGACUACAUUUCAACAAAGAACUACAAGUUUGUGAUUGGCCUGGAAAUGCUGGUUGUGAAGAUGUAAAACCUGAUCCAACUUCAAAACCGACUCCAGAACCAACUCCUUCAGAAACUCCAGAACCUGAUACUCCAGAACCAACUCCACCAGAAGACAAAGAUCCAGAGUGUCCUUGGCCAGAUCCAUUGGAUCAUACGGUUCAUCUACCACAUGAAACAGACUGUACGAAAUUCUACAAAUGUGAUCAUGGCAAGAAAGUAGAAUUUGAUUGUCCUGAUGGGCUACAUUUCAAUAAGGAAUUGCAAGUUUGUGAUUGGCCGCAAGACGCUGGUUGUGAAAGUAAUAAACCAUCUUCUACUCCAAAACCGACUCCAGAACCAACUCCUUCAGAAACACCAGAACCUGAAACUCCAAAACCAACUCCACCAGAAGACAGAGAUCCAGAGUGUCCUUGGCCAGAUCCAUUGGAUCAUACAGUCCAUCUACCACAUGAAACAGACUGUACGAAAUUCUAUAAAUGCGAUCAUGGAAAGAAAGUAGAAUUUGAUUGUCCAGCUGGACUACAUUUCAACAAAGAACUACAAGUUUGUGAUUGGCCUGGAAAUGCUGGUUGUGAAGAUGUAAAACCUGAUCCAACUCCAAAACCGACUCCAGAACCAACUCCCUCAGAAACUCCAGAACCUGAUACUCCAGAACCAACUCCACCAGAAGACAAAGAUCCAGAGUGUCCUUGGCCAGAUCCAUUGGAUCAUACGGUUCAUCUACCACAUGAAACAGACUGUACGAAAUUCUAUAAAUGCGACCAUGGCAAGAAAGUAGAAUUUGACUGUCCAGCUGGGCUACAUUUCAACAAAGAACUACAAGUUUGUGAUUGGCCUGGAAAUGCUGGUUGUGAGGAUGUAAAACCUGAUCCAACUCCAAAACCAACUUCAGAACCAACUCCCUCAGAAACUCCAGAACCUGAUACUCCAGAACCAACUCCACCAGAAGACAGAGAUCCAGAGUGUCCAUGGCCAGAUCCUUUGGAUCAUACAGUUCAUCUACCACAUGAAACAGACUGUACAAAAUUCUAUAAAUGCGACCAUGGAAAGAAAGUAGAAUUUGAUUGUCCCGAUGGACUACAUUUCAACAAGGAAUUGCAAGUUUGCGAUUGGCCAGGAAAUGCUGGAUGUGAAGAAGUAAAUACAGACCCUACCGAAGAUCCAACUUCUUCAACAGACACUCCAAAACCAACUCCUCCAGAAGACAGAGACCCAGAAUGCCCAUGGCCUGACCCACUCAACUACACAGUCCAUUUGCCACACGAAACAGACUGUACAAAAUUCUACAAAUGUGAUCAUGGCAAGAAAGUUGAAUUUGAUUGCCCAGAUGGUCUCCAUUUCAACAAGGAAUUGCAAGUUUGUGACUGGCCAGGAAACGCUGGAUGUGAAGAAGUAAAUACAGACCCUACCGACGAUCCAACUUCUUCAACAGAAACUCCAAAACCAACUCCUCCAGAAGACAGAGAUCCAGAAUGCCCAUGGCCUGACCCACUCAACUACACAGUUCAUUUGCCACACGAAACAGACUGCACAAAAUUCUACAAAUGUGAUCAUGGCAAGAAAGUGGAAUUUGAUUGCCCAGAUGGUCUCCACUUCAACAAGGAAUUGCAAGUUUGCGAUUGGCCAGGAAACGCUGGCUGUGAAGAAGUAAAUACAGACCCUACCGAAGAUCCAACUUCUUCAACAGACACUCCAAAACCAACUCCUCCAGAAGACAGAGAUCCAGAAUGCCCAUGGCCUGACCCACUUAACUACACAGUCCAUCUGCCACACGAAACAGACUGUACAAAAUUCUAUAAAUGUGAUCAUGGCAAGAAAGUUGAAUUUGAUUGUCCAGAUGGCCUACAUUUCAACAGGGAAUUGCAAGUUUGUGACUGGCCAGGAAAUGCUGGUUGUGAAGAAGUAAAUACAGACCCUACCGAAGAUCCAACUUCUUCAACAGACACUCCAAAACCAACUCCUCCAGAAGACAGAGAUCCAGAAUGCCCAUGGCCUGACCCACUCAACUACACAGUCCAUUUGCCACACGAAACAGACUGCACAAAAUUCUACAAAUGUGAUCAUGGCAAGAAAGUUGAAUUUGAUUGCCCAGAUGGUCUCCACUUCAACAAGGAAUUGCAAGUUUGCGAUUGGCCAGGAAACGCUGGAUGUGAAGAAGUAAAUACAGACCCUACCGAAGAUCCAACUUCUUCAACAGACACUCCAAAACCAACUCCUCCAGAAGACAGAGACCCAGAAUGCCCAUGGCCUGACCCACUCAACUACACAGUCCAUCUCCCACACGAAAUCGACUGCACAAAAUUCUACAAAUGCGACCAUGGCCAAAAAGUCGAAUUCGAAUGCCCAGACGGCCUCCACUUCAACCCAGAGCUAGAAGUGUGCGAUUGGCCAGAAAGCGCCGGCUGUGAAGAUCCAAUCCCCGAACCCUGUCCUUCAGACGACACCGACGAACCUGAACCACAACCAGAACCAACACCACCAUCAGACCUAGACCCAGAAUGCCCAUGGCCCGACCCACUCAACUACACCGUCCAUCUACCACACGAAGAAGACUGCACGAAAUUCUACAAAUGUGACAACGGCAAAAAAGUCGAAUUUGAUUGCCCAGAUGGACUACACUUUAACCCAGACUUGGAAGUCUGUGAUUGGCCCGAAAAUGCCGGUUGUGAAAAUCAAUCAAUUCAAUGCCCGGAUACACAAUGUCAAGACACGACACUCUAUCUACCGUUUUUGGGUAAUCCGAGAAAAUACAUCCGAUGUGUGGCAGGUGUCGAAGUGAUCAAUACUUGUCCAGGAGGGUUAGUCUUCGACAAGAAUUUGGCCACGUGCAAUUUGGAACACUUGGUUGAGCCAAAUUAAACAUAAUUUAUUAUCCCUUAUGUAAAAACAAAAAUUAAAUAAAAAAUUAAAAUUAAACAUUG